GUCCAGGAUGAGUUAUGCAGAAAAACCUGAUGAAAUCACAAAAGAUGAAUGGAUGGAAAAACUUAAUAACUUGCAUAUCCAGAGAGCAGACAUGAACCGCCUUAUCAUGAACUACCUUGUUACAGAGGGCUUUAAAGAAGCAGCAGAGAAGUUUCGAAUGGAGUCUGGAAUUGAACCCAGUGUUGAUUUAGAGACUCUCGAUGAAAGAAUAAAAAUUCGAGAAAUGAUUUUGAAAGGACAGAUCCAAGAAGCCAUUGCGUUAAUAAACAGUCUCCAUCCAGAAUUGCUCGAUACCAACAGAUAUCUGUACUUUCAUUUGCAGCAGCAGCAUUUGAUUGAACUGAUUCGGCAGCGUGAGACAGAAGCAGCUCUGGAGUUUGCUCAGACCCAGUUAGCAGAACAAGGCGAGGAGAGCAGGGAGUGCCUGACGGAGAUGGAGCGCACGCUGGCUUUGCUUGCCUUCGAUAAUCCCGAAGAAUCACCAUUUGGAGACUUGCUUAACAUGAUGCAGCGACAGAAGGUAUGGAGUGAGGUUAAUCAAGCUGUUCUAGACUAUGAAAAUCGUGAAUCAACACCCAAGUUGGCAAAAUUGCUGAAACUACUACUGUGGGCUCAGAAUGAGCUGGACCAGAAGAAAGUGAAAUAUCCCAAAAUGACAGACCUCAGCAAGGGGACGAUCGAAGAACCCAAGUAAAACGUGUGCAGAUGGACAUCAAACAAUCUUAGUACUGCACAGUAUACAUUUAUAUCAGUCUGUGACUGAAAUAUUUUUACUACAGUACAGCACUCAAUCCAGAUUUUUCAAUGAACAUCUAAUUUGAAGGGAGAAAAGUCCCUUUUAAAUGCUGCAAAAACUGCAUUGAAAGGCGCUGUAUCUCUUUGAAAGUCUGACUUAGGCUAUGCACUAUAAUACAUUUUUAAAAAAACAAUUAAACAGGACAGGAAAAUAGCAUUUUUAAAAACACAGAACUCAAGCUUUCUAAUUGGCUACUGAUGCCUAGUUUAGUGGCCAGCGAGUUGAUAGGGAGUUAUAUUGGCAACUAUUCAGUUAAUUUAACUGUCUCCUGUUUGAAAUGUGUAUAUAGAACAGUGAAUAUUUUCUACCUUUAAGUUAUAGCCAGAUAUACAUUCCCCUUAAAAGUAACUGAUUGAGUUUUCAUCUAUAAACUUUGCAGUAAGGUCAACCUUUUGCUUAGGAAAUAGUGUACAAACUUGUAAAUCAUAAUUUAAGGAUUUAAAGACUUUUUUUUUUUCCCUUGUUUCUGACUUUUUGGUGCUUUGUAUGGUGAGAGCUAUGUUCAUAAUGGAUCAGUGACCCAUCUUUUCAGGAGGAGUAUUGUUGGAAAUAAGGGUUUUUUUUCUUGAUUUUCACAAAUGACCAAAACGGCCCCCAGAGGCAUUUGAGGGUUUUUGUUCACGGGGGCCUUUCCCCCCUGUAUUAAAUCUGCAGCUGUAGGCACUGCAGUGAUUCUGAUAAAGCUUUGAAGGCCAUUAGGUGUUUGGAAGCUGGAAGGGAUGCUUGUGUUAGGAAAUUAAGUGAAGGGGAGAGAUGCUCGUUGAAGCCUCUGAUGCAUCAUCAUCUUGUGCAGGAUCUGCCUUUAUGCUUGCUGAAUAAGAAUCGUAGUUUUAGAGCUACUUGGGCUGUUUUUAUGCCUUGAGCCCAGCAGAGCAGAGCAAGGCUGUCUAAACCCAGAAAUUUCCCUUUUUUUUUUCUCAAUUCUUCCAUACCUUUCUGAAGAGAUGCAGUUCAUCUUCACCUGUAUUUGUUUACUGACUGUCCCCACUCCAGUUAGGAUUAUAGUUCUCAUGUUUGACAUGUGAAGUCCAGACUUUCAAGUCAACAAAUGAUGAUCUUCUGGGUAUGGGAUGUUCUGGUCAACUGAAUUUUGCAGCACUGUACACUGGUCUGUGUCCAGUGGUAGGAAGCACUAAUCUUGCCAAAUCAACCUCUGGAUUUUUAGGUCCAUAUAUCAAGUUAUUACAGAUUUGCUGAACAAAGACCGAGCUGAUGGGCGAAAUGGCGUAACAUCAUGAGGCACUGGCAGUUGUCACACCAGUCCCAUACUGUACAUAACCUAGCCUUGUAUGGUAGAUAUUACCCUGUAGAAUGAAACCUAGUUUCCACUUAAUUUUACUGGAAUACUUAUGCAUUAAACUGUAUAAAGCUUUGCAGAUACACCCGUCUUACAGA